AUAAAUUCAAUUAAAGUGAAAAACAGUAGUCUUGAUACGUAAUAAACGAUCAAAACAAAGAAAUUUACUCAGCGAGGAAAAAUACCACUGUCCUUUUUAAAUAGCGCGCGUGUGUCUUUAGUUUCCGUUGUCCAUUUGAUUAUCAAUACGUCUUUGUAGGCAGAACUAUGGGCUUGAAGCUGUUCUAUACCAUCAAGACCCAUAAAUAAGACAAUGGUUUAAAAUUACGUGAUCUCAUAGAUAUUGGAUAAUGAACGUGAGAGCGCAGUUUAAAGAAAGUGCUGUAGACGGCUGUUCUUAGUAUUAGCCUUUCGGAUCGCUGGUCUGCUAGCUCUGUUUCAGGAUUUAUUAUUUUCAGUUAUACCAUUAGUUAUUUACUCGUAGUUUAUAUGCACUCGACAUUUUCAGUAUUUUCAAAGUGGACAACACUACCAGUCAGAUAUCUGAUUUUUUAGUCAUGGAUAAAUAUUAGUUCUCUUCAGAGUUUAAGGCCACAUAAAGCAGUGAUAUGAACAGAAUCGGCCAAUUAUUAGUUGUUUCAUGAAUGUAUGCCGUCUUAAAUGUAGGAAAUGUUUAAAAAGACACCUCCUGUCGUAGAGAUGGUCCAUUCUGCUAUACUGAGGGAAGCAGUCUCAGUCCUGGCGACACCGCUUAGCGUGAUGGUCUCACACUCGCUAAGGCGAGGCAAACUACCGGAAAAUUGGAAGCUGACUCACAUCACACCAGUUUUCAAAGGAGGUCGACGCAGCGAACCUUCAAGUUACCGACCGGUGGUUGUUCUCUCUAUGCCUUCAAAAAUCAUGGAUUACCUGAUAUGCGACGGUUUAUACGACUAUCUACUGUCCUUAAAUUUCUUCUCACCCCAACAGCAUGGUUUCAGAAGGGGCUACCCUUGUAUAACCAACGUGCUGACUGCGGUGGACAGAUGGACGAGCAUCCUCGAUCUCAUGAGAAAGGUUGACAUCAUUUACCUAGAUUUCUCAGAAGCUUUUGAUAAGGUUAACCAUUUAUGUUUUAUCAAUAGGUUUAAAGAUUGGGUGUCAUAACACCUCUGAUUGGUUGGCUCACUUCAUAUCUGAAAAAUCGACAUUUUAAGCUUAGGGUUAACUUCACUUUAUCUCAGGCCAUGGAAUGUCCUAGUGGGGCAGCCAGCGCCCAGUACUAGGACCUCUUCUCUUCUUGAUUUAUAUAAGUGAUCUUCCAAGACAGGCAUCGUCAGACAUUAAUUUCUGCUGAUGACGUGAAACUUUGGAGAGAGAUACGCAAUCAAGACGAUAUACAGGCACUUCAGGAGGAUCUGACUCGACUUCAAAGUUGGGCAGACGACAACAGACUGCAGUUACAACUUAAGAAACUCCUCUCCAGUAGUAUCCCAAGUCGAAAAAGAUUUAGGAGUCCUGGUGCCGUACGAUUUGAAGUCUUACGCUAACUGACAAAAAUGCCUUUCGAGCAAAUCUUGCACUGGUAAAAUUGAAGCGCAUUUUUGACCAGUUUGAUGAAAGAACUUUCACAAAAUCUUCAACAGUUUUAUUCGUCUUCAUUUGGAGUACGGAAACAUAGUAUUUCCUCUCUCACUACAAAAGGAUAAGGACACUCUGGAGCGUAUCCAACGGCGAGCCACGAAGUCAGUUCAGGGACUCAAAUUCAAACCUUACGAAGAACGCCUCCAUUCACUAGACCUUUACCCAUUCGAGUAUAGGCGUCUUAGAGGUGACCUUCUGAUGGCUUAUAGUAUCCUUAACAUUUCUGGACAUCCCCUUAAACACCUAUUUAAGAUUAGUCCCAAUACCAACCUAAGGGGUAACACCCAGAAAUUGGAGAUGCAACAUAGCAAAAGAGACUGUAGACACAAAUUUUACUUCUUAAGAGUUGUCAAAUGCUGGAAUUCUCUGCCGUCUGAACUAGUGCAAGAGACUUCCCAGGAGUUCUUUCAGAGGAAACUUGACCUAUUCUUAAGGACCAAGGAUAACAUCUCAUUAUGAGUUACCAAUUUCUUUUUUUUCUUCCAAUCUAUUAUAGUCAAUAUACCUAGGUUCCUACCUGGAGGUAUUGGUGAUCCCCUGCUACUAGACACGGGAGCCUGUUAAGCGAAAGCUUCUUCUAUUCCGUCCACAACCAUUCGAACUACGUUUAGACCUUAGUCGAUUGUUCAUGUCAAAAUAUUACCAUACACUAUCUUGCAGUUGUGAUUAUUAAGUAAAGGUAGCCAUUAACUGUUCUCACUUCGGUAUGUUCACAACAGCUUUAUAUUAUUGAGUGCUGACAAGUGUUGUGUAUUACAUCUCUUUUUUCAUACGACUAAGAGGAUUUCAACUACGUAAAUUCUUUAGAUGUGAAGAAAUAGCCACAUACUGUCGAUUUCAUAUAGCUAUGUUAGACUGCCUCGCAUAAACAAUAAUUUGCGUUAUUGUAACGUUUACGAAAUCCCGUGUUGUGUACAUGACUUAUGUAAUUACUUUCUAAUUUAUUCUAAGAUGUCUAACUGAUGGAAAUUGUCAGCAUUGAUUCGCCGAAGUUCCGAAUAGGAGAUCUGAGAAAGCAGUUUAUUUCCUGUCUACCCAAUGAACAUAAAAUAUUGAAGGAAAACGAAGCUAGUGAUCUUCUUACAUCUGAGUUUAAGAAGAUCGUAACUGAUUCUUCAAUAUUCAAGCAGCUUGAGAAUGAUUGCAGUUUGGAAAAUUUAUACGUCGAUAGAGAGUACACGACCUUAGAAGAAAUCUUAAAAAUCAUACCAUCGAGGAAAGAUGAAAAGCAGCUGAAAACCCUAACUCAUUUACUGAAAGAAACUGAAGGUUUGAAUUCUAGAACAUCAGUCCUCACAGCGAUGCAAAGAAAUCCUCGACCACUUGUGGAUAUGUCUUACCGAAAUUCUGUUGAUGAAUCUCCAGAGGCCACAGAAGUCAUCCCGGAUGUAUUUGUGACCGUUCUUGUCUACCGACCAUUUAGCCUUCCUAACAUUGAUCCCUGUGCACAGUCUCGGCAACUAGUCAUUACUCAGAGGUUGGUGCUGUUGUCCAAACAAAAUCUCACGGUCUUAAGGGAAGCUAUAAAGUGUUCACAAGAUAAAGUUUGGCUAGGAGACUGUAGCGAGGCGCUUGAUAAUCCUGAACUGCGUGUUUCGGCGGAUAAAAUAUACCCUUCUUCAUACUUUUUCAUUGAAGGCACAUUUUAUGAUGAUUUGCGGAACACAAAUAGCAAGAGCCUUGGGGAAGAGGUUAUACAGUGGGCGAAAAGCAAGAAAGAACUUAAGACGUAUGGGCCUUUUACAUCAUUACCAAUGGAAUCAGUGACUCUCGCAAAUCUUGUUAUUUGUAUUGGAAAGCCAUAUUUCUUCGUACACCAAGGAAAUUGUGAACAUAUGAUUAUCUUCUCCGAUAUCCGUCUUGUAGAUCGUGAUUCAUGUCAAACUGAGUCCUUAUUCCCAAUGCUCACCGGUCGAUGCAAUGUACGUGUAAUGCAUUGUUUCGUCUGCAGACGUCUUGCAUCCCGCUGGAUAGUUACAGAGUGUGGGACAAUUUUACCUGUCGAUCCAUGUCCAAUAUGUGACGUAUGCAUCCGACUGCUACUUUACACUGCUGAUGGAAAGAAGAUUAAUCCGCGUUUUAGAGUUUUGAUGUAUUGUGGAGAGGAAAUUGUAGUGUGAGGCCUCAUGUAAAUAAUUUAAAAUAAAUACUUUAAAAAAGCAUUUCACUUUUCACAAAUCAAACUCUAAAAUUACACUAAUAGCAAUCUUCAGCUGUUUUUCUGUAGAAUUUCGUUAAUCUAAUUAACAACACGUUGUUACAUAUCCUUCACUGAUAGUUUACGUUUCCACCUAAUUCCUAUAUAUUUCAGACAAUAAAUCUUAUGGGUCUUCCUAGAGAGGAGAAAAACAAUGAACAAGCAGCGAACACAAACCCAUCAGUAGGAGAAUCAAGCGCAGAUAAAGUUGCGGCUGCUACUUUUGGUGUUUUAUCUGAAAUUUCAAGUCUCUUAAACACAGGUUUAGAUAAUGAAGAAUUGCUGAUGUGCAUCAAACUAAUUGAGAGCGGUGUGAACCCAACUACUCUAGCUUUACUUGUAAACAAUGUGAAACAACAGUGCGAACACCUUUCUGAACUCAAAAGAUAAGUUAAACUUUGAAUCCUGUAUUGUAUAUUCAGAGAUUGCAAAAUAAAGAUUUAUUAACAAGAAAGAAAUCACAGCUUUUCAACGAGUGGUGUUAGCAACAACCUUGUAGUGUGAUUAAAUUUGUAAACAAAGCGAUUACCAAUAGUCCAAUGUAAGAAACAAAGAAAUAAUACAAUACAUAAGUAGGAUAUGUCAUAUAGUAAUAAGGAAGCCUUUCAGUAUGACAACUCAACCGAUGGCAUCAGCUAUUAUUCGGCUAACAACGGGAUCAGAUGAACGUACUGUGAUUUGGAAAGUUACACCCUGUUCGUUUGAAUGAAGAGAUGCAUCAGACAAUACUUUAGCAAGUUUACAUAAGGCCAAAACUUGGUACCCACCACGAUAUACUCCGGACAGAAGGAGCUGAUGAGAUGACUUUCCUUCAUGAGGCAUAUGAUCAGUUUGAUCACAAGGCUGAAGUCCAAGGUGAUCGAUAAUUUGACGCAUCGUUUCUAAAGUAUGAGGAAAUAACCAAUGAUUUAAAGCGAAGAAGCAUGAGGAUUCGUUACAUAUCUGUAAAAAUCAGUGUUUUACAAUAAAUAUCAUUUGAUGAUCAUGAGCAGCUACAUAGUAUAUGUUGCCCUACUUUCCAAGAAAACAAAAUUACGAACAAUUCAGCCGUGUUCUUUCAAAGCAUUGACAAAAGUAAUCUAACUCUUUAUUACACACUAAAUAAAAACAAUAACCUUAGCUUAAUUCCGUUAAUUGUGUAGACCGAGGCAGAGUACACCCAUUUCUAAGGUAAGAAAAUAGAUUAGUUUUAAACAGUUCUUUAAUGAGAAAAAUGUAAAUUCACUAGACAUUUUCAUCUAGCAAAAUAAUAGUGAGCCCUAUAGAUUUUGAGCAGGUGACAAAAAAGCGGUAAAACUCGAGGGUUUCCUAUAGUUUUAAAAUAUGAAAAAACCCAUUGUGAUUAUAAGAAGACAGAUAAGUUGUUUUUAUCGUAGUCAACAUGCUUUACUUUAAAAUACUUCGUAAUAUACUAUACCCUGUUCGGGAACAAAUCUAUUGAUAAAUUUGACUUCGUUAAGACACUAUACUUUUGUUUCGAUAGUUAAAUAAUGUUAAUUAAAGUUAAUAGAAUGUCUAACAUUUUGAUGCACACACUGGGUUUGUAUUAAUCAAAUUGAUCUGCGUAAUUCAUUGGUCAUUUAGUUCGAAGUAGCAGACUGCAAGUGUAAGAUAAAGUAUCAACAGUAAAGUUUAGCAUACCUUUAAUAGUUUUGUGCUUCACCAGCAUAUACGUUUCCUCUACUUCAGUUUCAGGACUGAGUUCCUGCCAAGCCAAUGUAAAGUUCUGUUUCGAAACACGUUGAAUAUGAUCUGAAAUACCUAGGACCAGGUCUUCCAACUGUUAUAAAAGUCGGAAGUGUUAGAAAAUGAGAAACCAGAAAAGUGGAUAGCGGGAUAUGAUGUACCAUAACAAAAACAUACUUAGCGACUUAAUUGUUAUUUUAUGAGCAAAAAUGUAUGAUGGCUAGCUGUGGAAUCUAGGAUGUGCGUUUCGUCGUAUUGGGGACUUUUCGGUUGGAUUUACCGGCAUCACCGAGUUGAUGUUCCACCCAGGACUCGAACUCAGUACCGCUCGCUCCAAACGCCAUCACAAAAGGUGCUGGGUUCGACUCCCGGAUUAAACAUCAACAUUUGGGUGCAGUUACAUCUAACUAACAAGUUCCAAAUAGUACGGAGCGCGCAUCCUGGAUUGCACUGCUAGCCACCAUCCAUCUUUGCCUAUAAUACUUAUGACUCAAGGCAAUCCGUGCAGAAUGUGCAUAUGCCAGUAAGAGACUGGUCGAUUGCACUCCUAAACAUCGAUGGGAAAAUAAGAACGAACAAUACAAAAACGAAUUAAUUAUAAUGUGAUAUUCCCAACGAAAUGAAACCUUUUUUGCUUUACUAACAUGCAACUGCAAUUUGUUUACGUCUAACUGGAACAUAGUACAGAUCCACUUUUGUUACUUAGUUACUUUAUUGACAAUGUUCGACUACAUAUGCGCCUUGAAACUAAAUACUGAGUAAAUUAACAAUAUUGACGGGCCUUCGUGUGGAUUACCGAAUAAUUCACUUGAUACGACUGUUUAGUAUUUUUCAGAUCUAAAAAACUACUUGUUAAAGAGCAAUGACUACGUUUGUUAAACGUGUAAGGUUUAAAAUGGAUCAAACAUGAAACAAGUUAAACCUUUGGAUUUAUUAUUAUUGUUCAUACUGACAAUUAACAAAGUAUCACGUUCAUCCAAACUUCUAAUGAUUUUCGGGUACUAAAAUAAUAGUCUAGCCAUGCAACUACAAAAUUAGGUGUAUUACAUGGAUAAAAUAUUUCCUGUAAAUAUCUGGUGAGAUAUUUAGAAAAUGAUCAGCAGAGUUGGCUAACCAAUGUUCAUACCAAAAGUAAUCGUACGUCUUCUUACGAAUUACUGUAUAAGUCCAGUAUACGAGGUAGCUGUAGAAAAGCGGUAUGUGUCUAUGAACUGUGAUUAAUGAUACAAGUAUAGUCUUGACAUGCCAAAUUGCUGCUUUUUUAGGAUUUAUUUUACAGAAGACUCAGUGAAAGAUAAAUUAUAUUUACAGAAUCAAAGUUUAUGACAUGAUGUGUAACACAAACCUCCAAUGGGCAUACAAAUAACUUACUUGAUAUUCGUCUGGCAAACCAGGAUCCGAAGGGUCAGAGUCAAUAUCUUUGAUAGUAAAUUUCAAUAUGUUGAUAAAUGUAGCAGAAUGACAUUCUAGAUCCUCCGGCAACUCAACUAGAACAUACGUCACAGCGGGAGAAUUAUAUUUUAAGCUUUUGCAAGGUACUGUGCAGACAAUGUUAAACAUGGGAUCGUCCGGCUCACACGAAACAUAGACAUUCUCCAAGACUUGGUCUGCCAUUGUAUUGACACAAUCAAACUGAAACAAAUGAUUGAAUGAAAUCAGAGCGAGCAGAGAAUAAACAGAAAGUUACUCACUUCUAUAUGGUAUUGAAUUACUUGACAAUAUAUAGUUUGAUGUGAUAAGACUAAGAAAAGACGAAUCCGGACUUUAUAUAGCAGCAGUGGUCUAAACCUUGUAUAUAUAGGGCCUAGAAUCGUGGUCUUAAGGAAAUUUAAUGAGAUAUUAAGAGCUAUCAGGCAAACAAAACGCAAAUGUGGUUCAUUGACUCAUCUUUACUGUUUUCUGUAUCAAACGAAACGAUAUCUGUAUUGUCGAACUAUAUAAGCUUCAACAAUUAAAUUAACGAAAAAUAACUCAAUACUCAGAACCAAUUGUGUUUACGUGUAAAAAGUGCUUCAUGCUUGCUAAUAAAUGUUUGGAAAUCUGACUCACCUGCAAGACUAAAUGCCUUGAGAAUAAAUGUUUUAUGCAUGUUACUACAUAUUCAGUGUCAGAUUCAGUUAAUUCUACUAAUGAAGAAGAUUUGAAUAUGGAGCCAAGACCAGAAAAUUCGGGUAUAGAUGCCAGCUGCUCAGCAAAUGAAUCUUGAAUACGUUUCCCUGACAUCUGAGAAACAAGUGAUGCGUUUCGACCUUCACCAGCCAUGGUAUUAGAUUUAGCUUGAAAACAACAUCAGAAUUUAUUAAGAAAUAAUCAAAGUACUUUGUCCUGAUAAUUGUGAAAAAACAAAUGAAUAUAUCGCACUAGAAACAAGAUGGUAACCUCGGACUACACAUAUCAAUGUAUUUUGCAGCAGAGAAAUGAUAAGUGAGAGUGUAUCCAUCACAGCAAAUAAUUUCGAGUCGUAUCAUCUGAUACUGAACACAUGUGUGUAAAUCACGACAAUCGUUUCAACUCUCCAUAUACUUCAACCCAAUGAUCAGUGUCCCAAGAGUGCCGCCAUAUUUUCGUCUGACUAUCCUUGAUCUUUUCUAGUUUAGCUGUACUGUUUGAGUAACUCACUUAUACAAACCAAAUUAGUUCUACCGUGGGAUUAUUAUUUCAAAAUCACAAUAGACUACUAGUUAAUAUAUAUUUUGUCCGCUCGCUAUAUAUUAGUGUUUUUAUUAUUUCUAGGUUGAUCACAGAACAGAUAAGAUGUGAUAGGCGAUAAGUGUACAUAUAAAACUCCCACAGCAAAAAUACCUCAUAUAAAAUGACAUCAUCUUUAACUCGGUAACAAUAUUUUAAACGAUGUCCACGAACUUAUUUCAAAAUUAAUUUUUUAUUGAAUACUCCCUCGGAUUAUUAUUAAUACGCAUAAGACAGUUUUGCCUACCUUUAAUCUUUACAACAUCCGAUUCAAUGGCAGAACUAAGAUCAUUUGGCUGAACAAUAUCAGCUAUUGGGACUGUCGCCAAAGAGAAAGGACUACCAGCAACUGUGUGUGAGUUGUGCACAUAAUCCAACAAAGCACGCUCUAAACCAGAUGGACUUAGAUGCAUUUCUUCACUUAAAAGGUAAGCAGAUUUUAAUGCUACUUGGUUAUGUGAUAAAAUAUAGUGGUAGAAGGCUGCGCGAUCACGAACCUCAUCGUCUUCAUCAAUCAUAAUUCUAGACAUAGAUGAAACAAAAACAAGAUGGUUUUGAAGGUAAGUCAAAACAAUGACCAUUGAAAGGAUCCGUUUGUUUAAUACACAGAAAAAAAUAAUAGCGAGCUUAGUCCCCAACUAUAUUUGAUUUAGAUGACACAACACUAACAGAAUGGUGAAUUCAAAAAGCUAGAAAAAGGCGAAGGACAGGUCAGAAAGUCUUCGUGAAGGAAAUACAAAAAAACGUGACCAGCAUUUGAAUGCAUUGUCUAUUAAUAAACGUUUUCGAUGUAAUUAUCUAUUGCACUCAUGUUCAGAAUAUUGUCGUGAAUAAAACUGAUAUGAACAACAAACGGUUGUGAUAAACAUGCAGUGUGCUCCGCACAAAUCUUUAGGCUACCUCCUUUCCAAAUAUAAACAACAAAGACCCAUGUGUUUGGUUUAUUCAGACUAACUAUUAUUGUUAAACACUAAGGGUUGAGUUAGAGCUUAUGGCAAAAUGUCAUCGGAAUUGAUAACUUCGUCAGGGCUGUCUGCUUCCCUUAUCUCUACCUAACCUUGUCAUAACCAUGCUUUUGGAGAUAACGCCCUAAUUGUCUGACUCAUCAGAAAUCUAUCCUCAACCAACAAACUCACUUAUUGACUUCAAAUUCGAUGAUAUAUUUCUGUUAGGUGAAGACACUGAAAAAAUGCAAGCUCCUGACCACUUUGAACAACAAUGCAAGCGUUUCUCUCCAUCACAUUGCAGAAUGUUACUCCAGAACUGGUCUGCGCCAACGCCUGAACUAAUGAUAGGAAGUGAAAUAAUUAGGUAUGUCGAUCUCUUGACCUAUUUUGGAAAUCUUAUAAACCUUGGUUGAUGAAAUUGCCCAAAAUCGUUCGCAAUGGCACGAGUACACUUAUUUUUUGUCUGCCCUUACAUUCUAUGUAUUUAAAUUUUGGCGCGAAACUUUCUCGUUCAUAUGGCAAAAAAGCAUUUUGGUAUUACAGCUGAUAUCAGUUCGUAAUGAAAACUGUGACUUAUUUUUAACCCUCACGCUCAACAGUAAAUUAGUCGAAGUUCUCAGCGUCAUUUAAGCAUCCCUCAAAGGUCGUCUCUAAAUUAGUCUCACCGACAGAUUUUGCGUUGCGUAUGACUGAUUGACCAAUAUUGUCCAUUAACCCCUUCUUAAUACUUAUGGAUAUUAAAAGAAGCUUGUAAGCCAUCACUAUGCUGAACAUCUUAGAAAUGAAACGGAAGAGGUUGGUUCUAUAUUUCUCUAUGUUUCUAUCCUCGCAGGACGAAGGGACAAGUACAUUAUAAUUCAUACCUAUUUAUCUAGAUUGAGAAGUCAUAUUAUACACCGUUUUUAUGGACGUCGUUCCUAUUACUGUCUUUGCACUGAUGCGAAAAAAUUUAUUCAGACGAAUUACAACUCGAAUGAGUAAAAAAAAUCAACGUUUAUGAGUUCAUUCAAAAAAACUCAUUCAGUGUUCAGACCAUUUCACGAUAUCAGUGUGAAUCAUCUAACUAGUGAUGCUGCAGUUUAGUAAUACACUUUAUAGUACGUUUUGUCGUAACUAUCGAUCUUUAGUGGGCAGGUAUCAACAGAAUCUGAGUUGAAAGAACAAAUGGGUGAUUAACUACUAACUUUUUUAUUAUUUAAAGUCUUGCACAUGAUUGUUUGUUUUACGUAAACCAUGUCAAUUCAGACAUAGCUUUAAUUAAUUCGAAAUGUCAUAAGAUAUAGACCAUAAAAUGUGAAGCUCUAAAAUACUAAAAUUCUAGAUCCUUUGGUAGACAAAACGGCAGACUUAAGCUUUUAAGAAUUAUCCGAUUACUGAGAGAUUUUUAACACCCAUCCCUACAUUGAAAUGUCCCAUGAUUUUUUAAAAUCCUCACCUGUUAAUAAAUUGUUUAUCCAAAUUAAAUUUUGUACGUCGCUUUACAAACACUAUGUUGAAUUCCACAUUACAGGAAUAGUCGAAGUUUGUACGAAGUGCUAUUGCCAAAUCUAACAAAGCUCAACAUGAACAAAAAUUUAUAAAAAAACCAGACAACAAAAAAUUGUGUAUACCGUUUAAGAAGUACAAGAAUACUCGGAAGUAAUUCCUCAUUGUGUGCAGCAAACCUCGCCAGAGCUGUUGUAGCUGUGCACUUAAUGGGAGCUGAUUCGAGCAUAACUCUAUUGUAAAUGUAACGAGUAAAUUGACGAGGACGUUUGAGGUAGGGUCCCUCCCGUCCUAACAGAUGGAGUAUACGCUGUGUUAGUUUAACAUGUUCACAAUCCUCUAUGAAGUCACAUAAUUGUAACAAACCUAUAUUCAGAUUAGAAAUAAGAAACACAUAUUUAGUAGCGAAGUAUAAGCAUGUCCAAGCGUUAACUUUUAUUGUGUCUAACAAAUCAAAGAGUGAAAGGGGAUAGAGUGUUUAGCAGGAGACGACCUACAUGUUUGAAAUAUUUAUCAGUACGAUACUGUUUUGAAUUGAGUUUUGGUAGAGUUCAACCUCGAUUAUUAAGUUUAUUAUGUGAGAAAGUAUAAAAAUUACUGGUUAGCCAUUUAGCAUUUAAUUAAUAAACCACAGGCUCGAAUCACACGUUCCAUAAUUUUCUUUACGCAGUUGGACAAUAUCAUUAGUCCAAAUCGGAUUACAUACAUCCAUAUUUAGCCAAUGAGUUACUGUAACCCUAUACAAUGAACAUAUGUUGGAGAUCCUUCUACAUGAAACAAACGUAAAAAAAUAUUUCACGAUGAUCGAACCUUGUGUAAAGAUUAGUCUGCCCAAUAAACUUCCACUUACGACCCCAUGAUGACGGAAAUAUUAGACUAUAAAUUUAUUAAACGAUUUCGCUGAUUUACUUACGUGCUGUAAUUGUUUUUUGUCCUUCACCUCUUUUUGUCUAUAUUUUGAUUAUUUACAUGACUUUUUGUUGCGUAAUUUUAUUUAUUUAUUCCAGUUUGAGCUACUUCCUAUGUUAAACUCUUGACUAGAACUUUUAUCAUUUCUAUCACUACUAGUACACCUAUCUGCUUACCAUUAAUUUGUAUUUUUCCUCUUAUUACGUUUAUUUGUGUAACCUGUUUCAUUGUGAUCACUGACUCACAAACUGCCUUGAUUGUUUCAAUAUUUUUAUAUACCCAGACAAAUAUUUUAUGCGUACAAGAGUAAGAGCUGAUGACAACCCGAUUGAGAACAAUAUUGUUUGCUUGCAUGUGUUCUAACUUACAACAUGGAAAUUUUUAACGAACUACUCUGUAAAAAUUUCCAGAAAAACAUAGGGCAAAAGUAAAUCAUCAAUGCUGGUGAACUACUUGCAAUCACGAAAACCACUGUUUAGUCUGUAUCUUACAUUUUUAGUAACUCAAAUAGUCAUACUGUGAUCCGUCGGGUGUGGAAGAAUGGGAUUUGUCUGGCUGAUGUGUCAAACUAAGUGAACUGAUGUAAUCAACUUGGCUGGGUCUGGCGCCUAGUGAGACUACACAAUUAAAUACUGAUUUUCUGUGAGGUUUUCGCAAUUUGAAGCAUGUUCUCUUAUCGGUGCGAAUUCUGAGCGCAAAAAAAAUUUAUAUAUUCAAAAUGUCUACAUAACGGCUGAUGAAACUCAGGGGUCAAAGCAAGCUAAUAAAGUGAAAGGAAUCGUAGAAUCUGACAACUGUAUAAAGUUAUUUCAGCCAAUAAAAUCAGUGUCGUAUGACAUGUAGUAGUCCCAGUUACUAUAAACAUCUAAGCUGAAGGAAAAGCACGGCGAACAACAUGCUCGAUCCUUCUACAACUUUGACUAAAUUCAACUGCAACUCCAUAAUUAAUAAAGACCGAUGAAACAUACGGUGCGUAAAUGAAGAAUGAAUUUCAUUUACUACAGUGGGUGGUAAACAGCUUACAUAACUGCCGCCGCCCCCCAUCCGCAUUUUUAAUGAUGGAGACUUUUUAAUCAAAAAGAAACCAUUGUAGUACCCGUUUUGAAAAAAACACAAUAAGUCCUAAUCACGAAAAUACAGUUCUACUACCAGUUACGUUGAGAAUACUAGUUGGUGUACAUCAAAGUAAUUGUGUCAUGUUUCAUGCAUUUCAAUCGUCCACUAACCUAAAUGUAAUCUAACAUCCUGACUGAAAUAAACUAGCAUUCGGAAAAGGCUACAGAAGCCCCCAACAAGAUACGGAACAAGUUCAUCAAGUUAGUGCCUGUUGGUCGAAUCUUCACAAGAUACGGUAGACUACUUCUAUGAAGUCUUUGACAUGAUAUAUUACAAUUUUUGUGAGUACGAAUAUCAUGUAAUUCUGAGAUUUGCUAAACUAUUUCUAAAUUAAUCUGAGCAUUCAGAUUCAUAAGCAUACAAAUAAUCAAUUGUUUAUUUUACAAACAUUUACGCAUAUCCAAUGACACCUGUUCACGAUACCAAAGAAAGGCGAUGUCAGCAAGUGUGAUAACUACAGAGGAAUCACACUACUGUCAGUAACAGGAAAGAUCUUCAACAGGGUGUUGUUAAACAAAAUGAAAGACUCUGUAGGCGCCAAACUUUGAGAUCAACAGACUCGAUUCGCAAGGAUCGAUCAGGUACCGAACAAACUGCAACACUACGGAUCAUUGUGGAACAAACAAUUAAAUGGAAUUUACCACUCUACAUCAACUCUAUUGAUUACGGGAAAGCAUGUGAUAGAGUGGACAGAACAACACUAAGGAGGUUUCUUCAACAAUACGGAGUGCUUGAGAAUAUAAUCAACACCAUACGGAAUUCCUAUGAUGGAUCAAACUUCAAAAUCGUGCAUGGAGGGCAGCUGACAGACUCGUUCGAAGUAAAGACCAGUAUCAGGCAAGGUUGCUUACUCUCACCCUUUCUCUUUCUCCUGGUGAUCGACUGAAUCAUGAAGACGACAACAUCUCGGGGGAAGCAUGGGAUACAGUGGACAGCUAGGAUGCAGCUGGACGAUCUAGACUUCGCAGAUGAUAUGGUUCUUCUAUCGCACACGCAACAACAACUGCAGAAGACGACCAGUGUAGCAGCAGCCUCAACAGCAUUAGGUUUCGACAUACAGGAGGGGGAAAGUAAGAUUCUCCGAUACGAUAUAACAUGCACCAAUCAAAUAAUACUUGACGGAGAAGAUUUGGAAGAUGUAAAAACCUUUACAUAUCUGGGCAGCAUCAUUGAUGAACACGGUGGAUCUGAUGCAGAUGUGAAGGCGCAGACUGGCAAAGCAAGAAUAGCAUAUUUACAACUAAAGAACAUCUGGAACUCAAAGCAACUGUCAACCAACACCAAGGUCAGGAUUUUCAAUACAUCUGUCAACACAGUUCUACUGUAUGGCGCGGAAACCUGGAGAACUGAAAAAGCCAUCAUUCAGAAGAUACAAGUGUUUAUUAACAGCUGUCUACGCAAAAUACUUCGAAUCCGUUGGCCAGACACUAUCAGCAACAAACUACUAUGGGAGAGGACAAACCAGAUUCCAGUGGAGGAAGAAAUCAGGAAGAAGCGCUGGAAGUGGAUAGGACAAACAUUGAAGAAAGCAACCAACUGCGUCACAACGCAAGCCCUCACUUGGAAUCGUCAAGGCCAAAGGAGGAGAGGAAGAUCAAAGAACACAUUAUGCCGAGAAACGGAGACAAACAUGAAAAGAAUGAACAACAAUCGGAUAGAACUAGAAAGGAAGGCCCAGAUCAAAGUGGGUUGAAGAAUGCUUGUCGGUGGCCUAUGCUUCAUUGGGAGUAACAGGCGUAAGUGAAUAAGUGAUAUUCAAUUGUUUGCAGUCAGUUUUAAUGACAAUUUUGAGAGAGUUUGUGUUUCAAAAAACUAUUUGAAAUCAAUUCUCUGAUGAUCAAGAAUUAUCUUAUUUUGCUAAAUUUUAGAAAUGAAAAAAGUUUACAGAAACGCGUAAGACAAACCUACCUAUACUUUUGGCUUCUGGAAUUUGUUUGAUAAUUGAUUCGAUAGCAACCACAACUGCUUUUUUAAAAGUGUAUCCAGCUGAAUCACGAAGAAGUCCAGAUAAAAAGUUUAAUAACACUGUAUACUUUUUGGGGUACUUUGUUGCUAAUGCAUGGAUAGAUUCCAAUACGACUAUUUUAAACUCAUCGCUUAUUUCACUCAUGAACGGAGAUACAUGUUUUAGCAAACGUUCAACAUUCGACUCGUUACCCGUCUAAAAAAUUUAAUAAAUUAAUAAUAUUCUAAGCUGUGUAAUUCCGUAUAGUCUAUAACUAUUGCACAUUACAAGUUAUAUUGCGCCAAAUUGAGUUCUCACACAUUUUAAUAACGUUGAAAGAGGAAACCAGAAAAAUAAGAAAGUAAAAAAGUGAAUCAAUGUUGAGUAUUCACAAUAGUAUUAAUUAUCCAUACUCCUACCAACCGAUGUUUUAUAAAACGAAAAUCCUACAGAAUGGGAAUAACUUACCAAUCACUUUAGGCAAACCACUGAACUAGCUUAAAAGAAACCCUAUGUUUAAGCUCUGGGCUACUAAAGAAUCUACGACAAUAAAGUAUAGAUCGAUGCGGUGUUUCCAUGUAUGUUUUUACCUUGUAGGUCUUAAAUUAGAUCUACGAUCGUUGAAAGGGCACAAUAGUGUACCAAGUACAAGCCAAGUACGUUGAAUCAGAAAACUAAUAUUUACCUGUCUUGAUUUUAGAUAGUUUAUGGCCGCCAACAUCAGUUACUUUAGGUAUUAAAGAGGGAUUAUGGUGGAUACACAACUCACUGAUAUUGAUUACUGAAGGUCGCUUGGGAAUUGCUAACUGCUACCGACCAAGGUUUGUGCAGAUUCUGAUCAUGGUGGGAAUCACAAAUAAAAAUGAAGCUAGUAGUCUACCGCAGUUUUAAUCACUUACCUUUAGUAAAGUUGUUAUUGCAAGUGUUGCAAUGCUUCUAUUAGGAUCACCGAUUAGUUGCUCAAGAUCGAGAUUACAUGCAGUUACCGCUGCAGGAUGGUUACUGGCGACAGCAUUUAACGUAUGUACAGCAGCAUAUCGUAACGCAGGUUUGGAAGACGUACAAAGCAGUUGUAAAACACCCACAGCAGGUGCUAACUCUUUAGCUGUUAAGUUUCGGAGGCUAAUUAUUGCUCGAGCUGCUUCAUAUAUGACCAUCUCCGAUUUAUGGCGAAGAGAUGACUCCAAAAACUCAUAUAAUUGUGGAUUAUUCCUUAAGAAAGUGUGAAAAUAUGGUUUAAGGGGUAGAAAAGACAUUUUAAAACGGCAAACUGCGUUUGAAGAUGUGAAGAAGACAGAAUAGCACAUUAUACAUAUCAUACAAAAUAUGUGAAUCAAAUAAAAAUAAUAUAUUUGUAAUAUCCCAAUGAGUAGAAAAUUGGAUUUUCUGACGUUUCGUGACUUAGUGUAAGUCACUUCUUCAGAGAAUAAAUAACCAAAUUAAAAUUAAUCCAAGUUUAAAUAGUACAAUGGAACAAUGCAAGAAUAAUAUUUGAUCAAUCAAAAAACGUUCCAUAUAACGCUUAAUCCUACUUCUCUCAAUAGAAAGGAAGGUCUUACCAUACAUCCUACUUGGACCAUCUAUCCUAGCCAUUCAGUCUGAUCGUAUUUACAAUUUCACACUAUCAUAUUACAAAUUUAAACUCUGUCCUUUCUUACCAUAAAGGUCACAGAAGUUUUCAUUCUUAAACAAUGCACAUAUACAUACAGAUCACUUAUGAAUCACCUUGACAGAAAUGACAUGACAUCAACUUGUUCAGACCUGUUUUUUGAUUGAUCAAAUAUUAUUCUUGCAUUGUUCCAUUGUACUAUUUAAACUUGGAUUAAUUUUAAUUUGGUUAUUUAUUCUCUGAAGAAGUGACUUACACUAAGUCACGAAACGUCAGAAAAUCCAAUUUUCUACUCAUUGGGAUAUUACAAAUAUAUUAUUUUUAUUUAUAACAAUCAACCCAAUGCUCAAUUUAUUCGAAAUUAUCAAACCAAACCUUGGUAAUGACACCUAUGUGAAUCAAAGUCAGAAAUCAUUUCUCAGUAUAGUGUAUGUAAACAGCAAUUGAUGUGACCCAGACAGUUCAAACAAAUUCGAUUUGUUUUGGAAUACAGGAAGUAUAGGACAUUACUAUGGUUUAUACACCUUAAAAUUUUAACAAUACAUACGACAUACUUCACGCGAAAAUGACGACAAUAUAUGACCAAACGUGGUCUACGAGCUAGUUAAGAUUUUGAAAAGCAUGAGAACUUCUCAUAUGCAAUAGUCGAGAGAGCAUAUGGAUAUGGAAGAAUUACUCCGAUCCUAGUGUAGUCAUUCACUUGAACUCACCUCGACGAAACGGAGAGCCGACGAGAUACACCCUGCGUGUAUUUGGUGACCCGAUGGCUAGUUCUCGUCAACUGGCAGGUGUAGGCAUAGCACUGAGUACGAAGGCGGAACAAGCCCUAUUAGAGUGGAUCCCCGUUAACAGUCGCCUAUGUGUUGUUCGGUUAAACGGCUACGUGAGAACUCAGAAGGGUAGGGACACACAUUGCCUUUUCGUCGUUUGUGCCUACGCUCCCUUCUGAAAAUCUUCAGAAAGCUAACGGUUCAGACAUAGCACUCAUAGCAGAUGACUUUAAGGCCCAGGUAAGUAGCUGAAACCACGCAGGAAGACAUUUAGGUGAGUAUUUUACUAUUCCGGUUCAGCGAACAGAUAAUGGUGAUCGUCUGCUGCAACUGUGCUAAGACAACCAUUUAUUUUUCAGUCAGUCAGUAACAACGUAGAACUUCGUACGUACGUACGUACAUCAGUUCGAGUUGCCAUACCACAUUAGCACAGAGAUGCAGUCGACUCAAAUUCCGUUGUGGUAGAGGUAGUAACAGUAUAAACAGUAACUGGAAAGAUUAGGGUUUGAAGAUGUUAGUCAAGGAGUAUAAUACACUGAAAUAAAUUUGGAAAGAGGAAAAAAGGACAUGAAGAAUUCAGAAGAUUAGAAUUUGGGAGAACACAAAGAGUAGAUGUACCUGCGCCAUUGCAAACGAUUUUGAGCCAUUUCAUUCAGGGUCUCUAACCAUCGGUUGCUAUCAUCUCGCGGUCCCCAACCAGGUAGUCUACACCUACCAACAUGAAUCAGUCCACUUGUCAGUGACUUUAUGGACUUGUGCCAUGUUUUGGUCUGGCCACCCCUAGCUUUCUUCCAACCUACUCCUAUACCACUGAACAUCGCACGUCGAGGCAGUCAAUCGUUGGCCAUACGUAACACGUGUCCCAGCCAUCUCAACUGAUGAAGUUUCACUACUUCAUCAAUUGAUUUGCCAUCCUUACCUAGUACCCGUUUCCUAACAACUGAGUUAUUUAUUUAUUUUAUUUAUUUGAACACGUGAACUGCAAAUACAAGAACCCGGUUGGCCUCAGACCUGGUCGAGGCUGCCUCGACUACAUAUUCACUAUUCGUCAGGUUCUAGAACACAAGCAUGCUUAUCAGCGUCCGACAAUGGUGGUCUUUCUUGACCUAAAGGCAGCAUUUGACUCCGUAGACCGCGAGAUUCUGUGGCAGUGUCUGUCAUUGAGAGGCGUACCUCAGAAGUACAUAAACCUUGUGAAGGCUCUUUACUCGAACACUACUAGUCGAGUCAGAGAUUGUGGCGAACUGUCAUCUGCUUUUGCAACCUCAAAU